CUGCGCUGCGCCCCCAUUCCCCGCCCCUCUGCGCUCCCCGACACUACGCGGGCGUGCGUUGAGGGUACAGUGGUGGGGCUCGGGACCCAGGCUCCGGGAUCGUCUCUGGGUGCACGUGGGCCCGGCGAUAGGGAGGCAUGGAGAACCUGGGUCCCGCAGAGUUGGGAGCAGCAUUGCGUGAUAGCUGGUCUUCCUAAUCCAGCCCCCCCCUCCCCUUGCUAUUUUUUUUCUUUUGCCCUCUUUCUUUUCUUUCUUUUUAACAUGUAUUUUCUUUUUUGGUGAACGUAAACUUGAGCGCCUUCUGGCCCCUGUCCUUUGGUCUCUUAAUCUGGGAGACAGGCUGGACCGUUCCCCUUGCCUUACUUAACUCACGUCAAGGAGUUUUCAAUGUCUCCCUGGAUACAGGAAAAUUGAGACCUUCAGAGUGGGAGAAUUCCACUUGUUCUGGAGUCAGUGGGUGGAGUUUGAAAAUGAUUGCACAACGAAUGGCAAACAGGGCUUUCAGGGCCCAGGAAUGGAGAACUGCAGGGAGAGGGGCUGGAAAGGUGGAAACCCCCUCUCUAUUUUCUUGCAGUGAAAAACAUCUUGAAACAUUGGAAGUCCGGCUUGGUCACUCAGGACUCUUUAAUACUACAGUUGACCCUUAAACAAUGUGGGGGUGGGGUUAGGGGCACCCUCCCCUGCAUAACUUUUGACUACCCCAACACUUAACUACACAGUUGUCCCUCGGUACCGAGGGGGCUUGAUUCCAGGACCCCGCAGAUACCAAAAUCCUGCGGAUGCUCAAGUCCCCUAUAUAAAAUGGCGAAGAUCAAUGCAUACAGUCGGCCCUCCGCAGCCAUGGACUCCCAACCCGGGAUGGAAAACAGUACAGAUGAUGGUCAACCAUCUGAGCCACUCCGCUAGGCUAAAAUUUGUGAUUGGUGCAAUGGAAGAAGCUGGAAUGUGCGGGCUAGGGGUGAAAACGGAUGUAUUGCGUACUCAAUCAAACGAUAUUCUUCAACAUCAAGAUUCAAAUUGUGGUGGAAUAAGUAACAAGCAUUCACUGGAAGAGGCUGAAGGCAGUGACUUUAUAACAAAAAACAGAAGUUUGGUGAACCCAGCCUACUGCACACAAGAGUCAAGAGAGGAAAUUCCUGGGCGAGAAGCUAGAACAGAGCCCCCUGAUGGUCAGCAAGAUUCAGAGUGCAACAGGAACAAAGAAAAAACCUUAGGUAAAGAAGUUUUAUUAUUGAUGCAAGCCCUAAACACCCUUUCAACUCCAGAAGAGAAGCUGGCAGCUCUCUGUAAGAAAUAUGCUGAUCUUCUGGAGGAGAGCAGGAAUGUUCAGAAGCAAAUGAAGAUUCUGCAGAAGAAGCAAGCCCAGAUUGUGAAAGAGAAAGUUCACUUGCAGAGUGAGCACAGUAAGGCUAUCUUGGCAAGAAGCAAACUAGAGUCUCUCUGCAGGGAACUUCAGCGUCACAAUAAGACGUUAAAGGAAGAAAAUGUGCAGCAGGCCCGAGAGGAGGAAGAAAGACGUAAAGAAGCAACCGCGCACUUCCAAAUUACUUUAAAUGAAAUCCAAGCACAGCUGGAACAGCAUGACAUACACAAUGCCAGACUCCGCCAGGAGAACAUUGAAUUGGGAGAGAAGCUGAAGAAGCUCAUCGAACAGUACUCGAUGAGGGAGGAGCUUUCUCUUUAUAUGGAUAAGUUUGAAGAAUUCCAGACUACCAUGGCAAAAAGCAACGAACUGUUUACAACCUUCCGGCAGGAAAUGGAAAAGAUGACAAAGAAAAUAAAAAAACUGGAAAAAGAAACAAUAUUAUGGCGUACCAAGUGGGAAAACAAUAACAAAGCGCUUCUGCAGAUGGCUGAAGAGAAAACCGUCCGUGAUAAAGAGUACAAGGCCUUUCAAAUAAAACUGGAACGGUUAGAGAAGCUGUGCAGGGCUCUUCAGACGGAGAGGAAUGAGCUCAACGAGAAGGUGGAAGUCCUAAAGGAGCAGGUCUCGGGGAAAGUGGCAGGUGCAAAACUAGCACCGCGUGUGACACAGCCCUGUGCAGCCCUGGCUUCUAAGGAGCUGAACACUGCCUGGAACAGCGGUGCUGGAGUCCCCAUGGUGGCCGCGCCCAAGGCAGCCAAGGAGAAGCCAGCCGCACACAAGGCCGCAUCCCUAGGCACUGGGCCAACCAUCGAGUCAGUAGACUGAGAUGAAGUACGAUCACUGUAUUGAGAGCUCUAUUUUGUGUAUAACUUUCUCUGUUAGUAGUAAUUAUUGGUUUUGUGGUGAAAAUUUUCUUACUUUUUCUACCAUAUCUGUAUUUUCUUAGAACUACUGGACUUAGGUGGUACAGGAGGCUGCUUAGCAGUUUUGAAUAGUUUUCCUCAGCUGUGUGGCACAUCUGCUUCGUUUCCCUUCAUUGGAAUGCAUGUGGUCAUUUGCCUUGUCCUUUCUUCACUGCUCCUUGCACAAAAUCAUCCUAAUUAAAAUUUCACUCAAGACAGGGCCGACCAUUCAUUACAAGAGAACUUUGUCCUGAUAAUGGUUCCUUGAUGUGAAAACAGUAAUUCAUUUAAACGUCCUGGCCCCCCAUCAAUAUUAAUAAAUAAAAGAAAACAUCAAGAUGAUUAGUUUUGUUUAAUAACCCAUUUAAAUGCCAAGUAAAACACCCCUCUAGGGUUGGGACAGAAACAAACAGCAUAUUUAAUUCCAAGUAUUUUUUAUAAUAUAUCACUAGACAAAUUGAGGUGGUUGUAGCCUCAAUUUCCUCAAAGUUUUGGCAGACUAUUGUAUCAUGUAAACAAUGUAGUAUAUGCAGGCAAAUAAUUCGACAAACAGGCUUAAUGUUUAUGUAACUAAGUCAUACUGCUUCAGUUUCAGGUUAGUUAGAACCAGUGGUGAAUUUGGACCACCCAGAAGCUUAUGGGGUAGGUGGUUUGUUUUCCAUUUGGGUACACAUCCUCCACUUCCCACAGAAAGCAGUUACUGAUAUCCCUUUAAGACAAUGAAGGUAAGUUAAUGUGUAGCUUUCACCAAGCAGAAGUCCCUCCACUACCUUCUGGCUAUUUAAAAUUGGUGUUCAACUUUUAAAACAGUCCUAUCAGCCAAGUUCUCUAUUCAACUGAAACUGAUUUCAUUUCAUUUCCAAAACAGAAAGACUGGAACCAACAUUUUUAACUUUGGGAAAACUUUGCACAGUUAAGUAGUCAGGAUGUAUUAUGAAUGCUUUCCAUCUGUUUCUCACCCUUUUCUUACUGUUUUUAUUUUUAAAGAAAAACAGUAUUAUCAAUAUCUCUACACUUGGAAUGGGGGGGACUUUUGAAAUUAAGCACAUCAUCUUUGGAUUAAUUUUUCUUUGUUCUUUACAGUGUCAAAUGUAGUAAAUGAUUGCUCAGCUGCAGUGAUUAAAGUUUUGAUUUUUGUCCCUAGUAUAAUUUGCAUUGAAAUACUUUAUGAGAUAAAAAGGCUCCAGUAGAACUAAUGUUAGCACAUUCCACUGAGCAAAACUACCAAACUGACACUUCUUAAAUUGCUUACUAGACUGCAUAAACAUUCAUGGUCUAAACUGUGUUGAAAGAAUUGAAAAUUGUCCAGUAGAUAGGAAACAGCACCUGGAGUGGAAGAUUAUAUCUAAGCUUCCACCAUCGGUCAUAUUAAUCAAGGGGCCAGAUGGUAGAGGAAAAGAAAUCCACAAAGUAGGUUAUCUAAUCACUCUGUCAAAAUGAGCUUGAAACAGAAACAAUCAUACCCUCCCUCCAACAGCCUCUUAUAAAUACCCCUCCCCCCUGCUUCUAAAUGAAAUAUUGGACUCAUUUCCCAGAGAGGAAAUGAUGGUAUGUAUUAUCAGAAAUAUCUACUUUAAAAUUAGUACUAAUCACAUUUCACAAAAAUCCUGCUGGAUGUACAGCUCUUAUUAAUGUUUUAAGCCAUUUGUGUAGCCCACCACGUCUCCUUGUGGUGUGUUUGUGUGGAAGACUGUAAAUCUUUGGACCUGUUGCCUAUUUUCAAGGGCUUUAUAAAAAUGUGAUUAACAGUACUUGGCCUGCUGCUUUUGGCUUACUACUAUGUAUUUUUAGCUAGAUGCUACCAUGGUGUUUAAAGGAUAUUGAUUCUGUCUUGGAUGCAUUUGGUGUCCUUUCAGAAUCUGUCCUCCCAUUAUCCUGUGAAUAAAAAUAUAUGGGACCCUGAGAAGGACACUCUCCUAAAGCAGUCACCUCACCAGCCCAGUGUUGUGGCUUCGUAGCACGCUGUUGUACCUAAUAUAUUCUAGAACACUGUACUGCUACUAGGCUGGCCCAGAAAAGGGUUAAAUAAUGUCAAAUUCACUUCAAUUGCACUUGUUGCACCACCAUGGAAUCUUAUGUGUAUUUAUAGUGGCAGUAGAGAAAACGGACCAUUUCAUCCCGACUUGUAGGAGUACAUUUCUUGGUCUUGAGACCAGUAUUUUUAGUUAUGUAUGCAACUGCCUUUAUUAUAAACACCUGGUUAUCACAAUUCAAUUCUCAGGUGUUGCAGAAAAAAUCUACCUCUUUCAGACUGUAGAUGGAAAUAACUGUGAAAAAAUGAUGCAGAUAUCUUCUAGUUUGUGCUAAACACACUGCUUUAUUUUUACAGCCCACGUCUUUCAUGAGGAUACGAAUUGUUAAGAGGCAGUCUUGUUUUGCUUUUCAAGGACAUUUUGUAGAGAUUUUUCACUAAUGUGAAUCUGAUUUUAUCUACUCAAUUCUGUAUAGAUUAAGUAAAUAUGUAUGAUAAUUUAA